GCCUAACUUGAACAUAUGUUGGUUGACAUCUGUAGGAAAAUCAUGUACAAAUUCAGAGGGCUGAAGUUCUAGGAGACAUGGAUAUGAAACUGAAGCAAUCUCAGCAGCAGGUUAGGCAAGAUAACUUUAGUCAACGCCAAAUACUAAAUGCAAGCGAGAUAAUCAAGAAGAAUUUUCAAACUUACGAAGACGUAAUCUUUAAUAUGGUGUUGGCUAUGGAAAAGGUUUACCCAAUAAACUCGGUCCCGCGUCCAACAGUUCAGGAAAGUCUUAUAAAGCCUUUGAUGAAUUCGUCGCCAGCUGAACUAACUCAGUUACUUUUAGUGCACGAGGCAAGAUGCAAAGCUGUGAUCUACAAAUAUUCUCAGGGUUCCUAUCUGUGUUCAACAACUAAAUCAAACCUAGGGUUUGAAUCUCAAGUAAGCAAGGUUGUGCAAACUGAGUCAGCAAAUAUGAGCCAAACAGCCAACUUGGAAGACAAAUCUGUUGCGGCAGUUUUAACUGUUGCUUCACCACCAACAGUAGCAGUGGGUCGUAACGGGAAGAAGAAGGGAGAGAGAAAAUAUUCAAGAGUCUGUGGUACACAACUGCAAAAUUUACACCAACAGUCACCACAGCAAUUGCAUAAACAAUCUCAUAAACAGUUGCAACAACAACAGCAGCGACAGUACCAAUCAUAUGAACAAAUUCACCCUCCUCAGCAACAGUAUCAACCACAACAGUUAGAACAACCACAUCAACAGCAAGAAUACCAUCCAGAGCAACAACGGCACCAACCUCAUCAACAAAUACAACAAGAACCACAGCAAAUACAUCAACAACAGCAACAGCAACAGUCCAAACAACCACAGCAAAUAUAUCAACAGCAGCAACAGUCCCAAGAACCAGAAUGUCGACAGCGACUACAACAGACACAAGAACUACAAAUACAGGAGCAAUAUGAACGUAGAUUGAAAUCAAAGCAAUCACAACACUACCAGUCAAAAGAAACUUGGAGUAAUAAAAAAAUACAAGAGGUGCAGCGAAAACAACGGGUAUAUCAGAUGGCAAUGAAAGUGUUAGAACUACAAAAUCGUUUAAAGCAGCAGCAACAGCAACAAAGUACAUACAGACAACAACAAAAUAUAUCCGAACAGCAAAAGCAACAUCCGAUGCGAUGUCGACAAGAACAAUACCAACAUCAAUACCCGUGCGAACAUCAGCAACAGUAUCAACAAGAUAAAGAGAAAAGGCAAUAUGUGCCGUUCAAACAGCAGCAGCAACAACAACAAACCGAAACAUCGAUACAAUCAUGGACUGGUAGCUGUGCAGUUGAAGACAACUCAAGCAAAGAGAAAUAUGGUAACAGCAGAGACAUGCAAACUGUGGUCAAUGUCAAGCAGCACAGGCAAAGGAAGUCUAAGAACACUGAACCGUCAUCUGCGUUGCCGCAAGCAUAUAGUCGAGGUAAUGCCAAGUAUUAUUUGCAAAGGAAGUCACUGGACAGUGAACUUCCAUUGCCGUUGUCAGAAACGUGUAACCGAAGUGACAAAGAAUCUCCUCUGCUAGCUGUACCAUCAUCAUCAUCAUCUCAUCACAGUGCAAUGUAUGUCGAAAGAACUAACAACUCAGAACUCAGUAAUAUAGCCGUGUCAUCCAAUCUAAGAAAUGAAGACAACACUAAGACAAAGCUAACAUCUGUACAACUUAAUGGACUUGAUACUCCAGAAGUCUUUAAGAAUUUCUCUAAACACCCUACAAAGUUACACAUGUCACCUGAUGACAGGGAAUUCAAUAAACUGUACCCUUAUUGUAUUCUCAACUCCUUCCAUUCCAAACCCAAUGAUAUGCCAGAAAGAGACCAUUUUCCCCACCUUUAUACCCUAUUGCUCCAAAAUAAAUCUCAGGCUUCCAAGGAAAAUGUUGUGGAUAUAUUAUCUACCAGUACUACAACAGACCUUUCGGGAAAGAAAAGGAAACGGGAAAAUUAAGAAACAAACACAGGUCUCUCCUCUGAAUAGAAAAAAACCCCAAAAAACGAUGACAUCACUGAACAAUCCUUGCAUUGUUCUUUUUUCUGCAAAGGACUACAUUGAACAAUCUGUAUCAUAAUUGUUUACAAUCAUUACAGGAAAUGUCCUUCUCACAAUUUCACCUUUUCAAUUUGAUAUCAAAGAAACAAGUUGUUUCAUAAACUUGUUCUCAGUCUUGAUGUGGCCAUGGAAGCAAUUACAGGUUCCAGUGAUUCUCAUUCAUAUUAUUAUCUGCCAUAUCUUUGACAGCAGCAUUUGAUAAAUCCUGGGGUAGCCAGUUAGUGUCCCUCUCAAUGAUGCCCCAAACAUAGUUGUCUAAGUUAUUCAAGUCAUAAGAGCUCGGAUGUCAUAUCUCGGGG